GGGCCGGUCACGUGACAGAGCGCAGCCGUGGAACCGGUUCCUGGUUCCUCAGUCAAUCAGGAAAUAGCGCUGAGGGCAGGGGGUGAGCGGGGAGCGGACAGACACCGACCGACCGGGGGUAACAGGGCAACACAGCAACCGCGGGGAGCAGGACAGGGGAACUCAGGGAUCGGACACACACCGGGCACAGCCAUGGCUUCCUUGUUUAAGAAGAAAACCGUGGACGAUAUAAUAAAGGAGCAGAAUAAGGAGCUAAGAGGCACACAGAGGGCUAUUACCCGAGAUCGAGCAGCCCUGGAGAAACAAGAGAAACAGCUGGAAAUGGAGAUUAAAAAGAUGGCAAAAACUGGUAACAAAGAUGCGUGCCGCGUUCUUGCAAAACAACUUGUGCAACUUCGGAAACAGAAAACUCGAACGUAUGCUGUUAGUUCAAAGGUUACAUCGAUGUCCACACAGACGAAGGUCAUGAGCUCACAGAUGAAGAUGGCAGGUGCAAUGUCCACAACAGCAAAGACUAUGCAAGCAGUGAACAAAAAAAUGGACCCACAGAAAACUCUCCAAACAAUGCAGAAUUUCCAGAAGGAAAAUAUGAAAAUGGAAAUGACAGAGGAAAUGAUAAACGACACAUUGGAUGAUAUUUUUGAUGCGUCUGAAGAUGAAGAAGAAAGCCAAGAUAUUGUCAACCAGGUGUUGGAUGAAAUUGGAAUUGAAAUUUCGGGAAAGAUGGCAAAAGCACCAUCGGCAGCCAAAGGAUUACCAUCUGCAUCUUCAGCUAAAUCCUCCACCAUUUCCGAUGAUGAAAUUGAGCGCCAACUAAAAGCGUUGGGAGUAGAUUAAAUCUUACAAUGAAAAGCCUUCACGUGUUCUAACGCAAAACUGUGUGAACUGUUAUUUAACCAUCAAUGAAACAACACAACCCUCCCCCCGCCCUCCCCUCUGAAGAAUUAUGGUCUAUUUUUUGAUGAGGAUUGAUCGAAACUACAUUUUGUUUUUCUCAUUAACGGACUCUUUUGUUGACCUGUACAAAAGUAAUUGUGUAUAUAUAAUAAUUCAUAACUGUAUAUACAUUUCCAUAUACUUCUGAAGAACGCCUCAGCAGGCUGUACUUGAUGUACAAUUUUGUAAAAUAUUCCUAUUAAAUUUUAGAGGUCUUUCUUUGUUGGGAUAACCUACAAAUCCGAAAAUACUUGGACGUUGCAUUGUAACAAAUUCAUCUAAUAUUAUUGCAUGGUAUUCUAGAUUCCCCAUUGCAUGUAACAAAGUUCCCAAAAAUUUUGUUUGUACAUUCAGUGAACUCUUGUAGGGGGUAACAUUAUUAGUUGUCUAAGUAAAAUAUCUUGCAUUAUUGCAUUAUGGGGCCUUGUUUACAAUUGGAGAAAUAAACUCCUUAGACUAGCACAGGGAUUGUUUAUACCCUUCAAUUUAUAACCUCCAAUAUUUUGCCGGUGUACAAACACUCUGCUUCCUUGGUACAGAGCGUCUAACAUUUUUUUGAACAAUGUUUGCCAGCUUUAGUGCUAAAUCAAGAAGGGGAGAAACCUUUUGUAGGGACAACACUUAACUUAUCUAAUCCAUGUUAUUGUUUGUUUAUUACAUGGUUAUUUUACUCUAAUUGUUGUAAAUGAUUGCCUAUAAGAAAGAAAGUAUGUUUUUCUUUUGAAACCACAGAAGGGGGAUUUUCUCUGUCAUUGAGUAAGCAGAUUUCAAGGAAGGACUAUCACAGAAUACAGAAGAUUUGACAACACGGAGUUGUAGUGCAACUUUAAAGAUCUUUUGUGGAAUAGAGUGCAUUGCUAAAACUUUACAUCUUAUGGAAACAUGUUAAAAAAAAAAAAAAAUACCCUCCUGUUUGAACUAGUUUUUGGUAUUUUUGUUCUUGUUUUUAAUACAAUUCUUACAUGAUCAAACAAUUUCUGGGAAGCUUGGUGAGCUGGGAAUUCUGGUUUGACUUCUUUCAUAUGCUGUUAACAUCCAUUUUUGUGCCUUUUGUAAAUUAAAGCCUUAUCCUUACCAUC